AUGUAUCAUUCACCGCAAUGUCAAUAUAAAACUACACCAUUUGAAAAUAUUAAAUUCGAUGAAACUAAAGCAUUUGCUAAAUUAUUGCUUACUUCAUCAAUGAAAAGAGAAAAUAAUAAUUCUACAAAAAAUAACACUCAUGGCAAUCAAACUAUGAUGACUGCUGCUAGAUUGAAUAAAAAUUUCUAUUCAUCUUUCAAUAAUUUAACCAUUGGACCAUUAUUAUUUACUGAUCAUCGUCAUCAACCACGAAAUACAACAACACGUUUGAGAACAGCGCUACGUUUCUUAUCGAGACCAAUUAAAAAGACUAGUUUCUCUGUGAUUCCUAAUCAUUCCAUCUCUUUGUUCACAUCAUCAUCCUCAAUGAUUGAUUGUUAUCAUUAUUUAUUGAUAAUUUCCAUUGUAUUUAUUAUUAAUUUGUGAAAUCUUGAAAAUUAAUUAGGAGGGAAUUUAUUACUUAACUACAUCAACUGAUCGUAAGAGAUUUAAAAGACACACCAGUGUGUAUGUAACAUCUGGUUUGCACGUAGUGGUGAAUCAUUUCAUACACUCUAGCUGGGUAUUGUACAAACUACACACACUCUCUCUCACACACACGAAACUCCAUGAUGGUGGUAAUGUGGAUAUGCAUGCAAGUAGUAUUGGCUGACAUCUUUUUUUUUUAUGAACUGGAUAUUCUUAUUUAGAUUCUCUUUCUGUUUUCUCUACCACAUUUAACUUAUUCUCUGUUGUUUGAUCACAAGUGAUUUAUAUUUUCAAAUGAAGUGUUGUUUUUUUUAGAAGAAAAAAUAUAUAUAUAAUAUUUUGUGUAAUUUUG